GAGGGAGGUCGGAUCUGCCCUAUCUUCUAUAUUUAUCUCAAACUAGAGACUGCCUGGGCUGUGUAAAGCUCUCCCUCUCUUUCUCUGUCCCUGUGUGUACGCAUGUACGUAGCUCUGAAAUACACUUCUCUUGGCAGCGCUUCACGCAUCGGACUUCAGUGAAUAGGUAAAAGCUGAGGCAGACAGCUGCCUCCGGCGUCAGCAGCUAUGGAGGGACUCUACUUUGAAGUGAAGCCCAGAAGAGAUGAUCCCUGCAGGCCUAGCAGCUCUGAGAAAACCCCUCCAUACAUAACUUCAAACCGCUCAUGUCCAACACUUUCACAUCUCACCUCUCACUCACCGUGUCCUCAGAAACUCUCUUCUGCUCUGAAGAGGAUAGCAACAUGGGGAGAAAAGGUAGAGGAAGAAGGAGAGGAGGAGGAGGUGAGAUACAAACUGACAUUAAUCGGCUCUCUGCCGGUCCACCAACUGACCACCAUGGCCAUGCUGCCCUGGGUGGUGGCUGAGAUCAGCAAGCCUCGGCCUGCAGAGAAGAAUCUGGGUGCUGGGUCCCGGUCUGGAGGACAGCCUGACCCCUCUACCCCUACUCAGACAGUUUUUCUGUGUGUGUCAGCAUCGUGGGUGCGAUGUGUGACUGUUCUGAGAGAGGGAGUUGUCUGGAACCCACUGACACACACUGUGCUGUUUGAAUGUCGUCCUCACCAAGUGACUAAGCUAAUUCACAAUAGUCAGGAGCCCAGCAGCUUCGGCUGCCUGGUCAGAGACACACCGAACUGCGCCUGCUAUGUCUUCCAGUGCCAGGACAGCACCAAGGUUCCUGAGAUCAUCAGUACGUUGAGGCAGGCUGGCAAGAGCUCAGCUCGCAGCGAUGACAUCGCCACCAUUUCCAUCAAAACUUCCACCGCGGGCAGCGAAUCCUCUGAAAAAUCUUUUUCUUCUCUCUCCACAACGACAACGUCGGCAGCAGCCUCUGUUGCUGUGUCUCCGACAGCUUUUUCCAAGAAGUUUGAGGUGUUGUUCUGCGGCCGUGUGAGCGUUGCUCACAAGAAAGCCCCUCCUGCCCUGAUUGAUGAGUGCAUCGAGAAGUUUAGCCAGUUACAUGGCUCAGGGAUGGGUGAUAAAGGAGGAAAUAGUGGGCGAUUAGCGGGUGGGCUGAGGAGGGCUUUAACCUUUCAAUCCAAUGGACUCGGGAGUGAUGACGUUGGUAAUUGUACUGCAGGGAGCCCAACCAUCGGGAAGCGUCCUGUACUGUUUAAAAAAGACCCCAGCUUUCCCUGUCUGCAGGCCCUGGAUGAGAAUGGACUCUCACCUGAGAUCUCUCACACCAACACUCCUACCGCACACGCCCAAUCCACUGGAGUACAGCCCACCAGCCUGCAGGAGAACAGGACCAUGCUGUUUACGGUGGGCAGGUCUCAGAUCUUCUUGGUUAGUCCAGACACUAAGAAAGUUGCCAUAGAGAAGAGCUUUAGAGAAAUUUCCUUCUGCUCACAGGGCAUCCGUCACGUGGAUCACUUUGGCUUUAUCUGCAGGGAGACAGUGGAAGGAGGAAGCUGCCACUUCGUUUGCUAUGUCUUCCAGUGCACCGACGAAUCACUGGUGGAUGAGAUCAUGCUGACUUUGAAGCAGGCGUUCUCUGUGGCAGCCCUGCAGCAGAAUGCAAAGACCCAGAGCCAGCAGUGUGACAGCUGCCCCAUGCAGCAGCUCCACAGACUGUGUGAGAGGAUCGAAGGUCUACACCCAUCGAAAACCAAACUGGAGCUUCAGAGACACUUGGCCAGUCUGGACAACCAGGAGCAAGCAUCAGUCUUUGAGAACACUAUGAGGGCUCGUCCUAAGAGCGAUCAGGAAGAGAAUGAGUUGGUGAUGACUUCUUUGAGGAAUCUGUAUGAGGAGAGGCAGCGGAGCCAUCAGCACACUCUGCCUGGAGAGAGCAGACAGGUGUGUGAGGAGGCAGCUCCAGCUCCAGUGGAGGCGCAGCAGCAGAGCAGCAGUCGGCAGCGACUUGAGCAGUUCAAGAGCCGAGCCAAGCGCUCUCUCACUGAGUCCCUGGAGGGGAUCUGGAAAGGGAGCAGCAAGGCCAGAGCUCAGAGGGACAACAGUGUAGGAAGUGACAGCGGUUCUUCCAUCUGUACAGUCAACAGCAGUCAGGACCAGUCCUGUCUAGAUGACCCCUUGCCUGCUACCCAGCUGAGACCCACCAGCCCACUCAGGGGCCACAACUCAACGGGAGACCUGAAGCGCCUCGACCCCUCUCUUCCCCUCUCUCCCUCGUCCUCCUCUUUAACAAGUGACACUCAGCCUCAGGGCAUCCGCCGACGGGCCAACACCUUCAGCCAUUCUCCCACCCCAUCCUCAACAGAUUACUCACCGGUGCACACUCUAACUCACACACCACAGGACCCUACUGCAGCUACCAAGCCCAAGCUCGUACGACACUACUCCGUCAGCACCGACACUCCACACCAGAGCAAACAUGUCCCAUACAACUCCACCCUUCCUCCUGUUCCUCCUUGCCCUUCAUCUCCCUCUUCUCUCCUCACUCAUCAUCCUUCCUCACCUUCUGCUGGAGCCCGGCUCAAUAAAAAACGUCCUCUGGGUGGUCUACGUGCUCGUCUCCACUCCUCUUCCUCUGUCCCUAAUUUUCUGAAAUUCCCAUUUCUGGCUCCUGUCCAAGAGAAUGAUUUUCCUCCUGAGCCAAACAGCAGAGAUGUAGCAGCUCUGUCCACACCGAGUGCAGCAUGUGGGGUAGGGGAGAGCCCUCUGCGCAGCCACCGCCACUCAUGGAGGCAGCAGAUCUUCUUACGGGUUGCAACACCUCAGAAGAGCACAGAAACCAAUGAGCGGGGGGAUUCCUGUCUAGACGGGGGUCGAGUGUGCGUGGGCCAGGUGGGAGUCGGAGGAAGUGGGGAUUUGACCAUUAGAGCUGUGCCUGAGGAACGGACGAAAAGGAGCAAAGAGGAGCUGAGGGAGCUCUGGAGGAAGGCCAUCAUGCAGCAGAUCCUGCUGCAGAGGAUGGAGAUGGAAAACCAGAAACUUCAGGCCUCAGAGAGCGAUCUGAAGAACAAACGUCUGAAGCUGGACUACGAGGAAAUCACUCCAUGUCUGAAGGAUGUCACUCUAGUCUGGGAGAAGAUGAUGGGGACUCCUGCGAGGGCAAAGGUCAAAUUUGACACAGAGACCAUACAUGCUGCUGUUGCACAAGGUGUCCCAAGGCAACAUCGAGGCGAGAUCUGGAAAUUUCUGUCUGAACAGUAUCUGCUCAGGCAGACGGUCCCGUCCCGACCCCCCGCCAAUGACACUCCGUACAAAGAGCUGCUGAAACAGCUCACCUCGCAGCAGCACGCCAUCCUUAUAGACCUGGGUCGCACUUUCCCCACUCAUCCAUAUUUCCAAGCACAGCUGGGGGCAGGACAGCUGUCUCUGUAUAAUUUACUGAAAGCCUACUCGCUGCUGGACCCUGAGGUGGGUUACUGCCAGGGCCUGUCCUUCAUUGCAGGAGUGCUGCUGUUACACAUGGGGGAGGAGGAUGCCUUCAACAUGCUCAAAUUUCUUAUGUAUGACGUUGGGCUCCGCAAACAGUACAGGCCUGACAUGAUUAUCCUGCAGAUUCAGAUGUACCAGUUGUCACGGCUGCUCCAUGACUACCACAGGGAUCUUUACAGCCACCUGGAGCAGCAGGAGAUCGGACCCAGCUUAUACGCCACGCCCUGGUUUCUCACCGCCUUCGCCUCGCACUUCCCGCUCGGCUUUGUGGCCAGAGUCUUUGAUAUGUUGUUCCUGCAGGGGUCAGAGGUCAUCUUUAAGGUGGCCCUGAGCCUGCUGGGGAGCCACAAGCCUCUGAUCCUGCAGCAUGAGAGCCUGGAGUCCAUUGUGGACUUCAUCAAGACCACACUGCCCAACCUGGGCCUGGUGCAAAUGGAGAAAACCAUCAAUCAGGUUUGUCAGAUGGACAUGUCCAAGCAACUUCAGGCCUACGAGGUGGAGUAUCAUGUCCUGCAGGAUGAGCUGCUGGACACGCCCCCGACCCUCAACCAGCAGCAGCGAGCCGCACAGCUGGAGAGGACCAAUCAGAGCCUCCGGCAGCAGAAUCUCGAUCUGCUUGAGGAGCUGCAGGUGUCACACGCUCGAGUCUGCAGCCUGGAGAGCCGAGUGGAGGUGUUGGCUCAGUCCGAGGGCCAGUUGAAGGAGCACGUUUCCGCACUGGAGCAGGAGAAGAAAGAGCUGGCGAGCACCGUCACACGCCUUCAGGACCUCCUCACCAGUCUCGGCAUACACACCACCCCUGAUGGACACACACUCCCCCCACCCACUGAAAGACACACAGUCACAGCAAAGGUGGGAAACAGAGAGGGGCUGUCAAACAGGACUGUGGACUCUCUUCCCCACCCUUUGGCUCUUCCUGAGGGUUCAUAGCUGCACCUAAUCAUUUUUCAAAUGAUAAGGUCAACCAGAGGAGGUGGUGUGUUUGUGAAAGCCACAGGACGAGAAGGUCAGGUGAGACGUUAAAAUGACUCCCUACCUCGACCUUUAUCCUCUUCUUAGCUCCAGAAUGUUUUAAUAAAAAAGGUAGGUUUACCUAAAACAGAGAGGAGAACAAUGGAACUAUAACAACAACAGGGUUGAGGUUAACAGACAAAGAAAACCCCCUGAGUAUUAUCCCAAAACAGCACAAAUGCCCAAUUCCUGCUCUCUAACAAUUAUUAAUGAACAACAAUCCCCAAAGAUAGCACUGUCCCACUGGGCCUCUACUGUACAAACAAAACAGUUACGUUUGCACCUGUACUUGUAUGUAUGUCUGUGUCUUUGAAUGUCUGUGAGUGUCUUCACUCGUGUGUUUUAUGCCCCUGUGUCAGAGGCAACAACACUAAAAUAGCCAAAGAAUGUCCUUAUUAAAGAGGAACUUUGUGUUUUUUGACCUGGCCCAUGAUUUUUGUUUCUAAGUAACUAAAAGUGACAACAAUAUUUAAAAUGUGUCCACUUUUGUAUCUAUAUAGAUGAAUUGCCCCAAGCAAUUAGAAUGUAGCCAUCAUGAAUUAGUUGAUAUUUUGCAACUAUUCCUGGCUUUUUGUCGCUGUCCUGCCAUGCUUUGGUGGAAACUGAUGCCAUGUCAACACAAUAACUUUACAAUAACUACCUCUGCUCUGUCUGCAGUUGUUCUCUUUAUUCUUGGAGAUUAGGAAAAUGUGCUUUAGCACAAGUUUUUCUUUCUUUUUUGGCUGGCAGAAGUCAUUGGAGUCAAAAUAGUCACUGCAGACUCAAUGGUCUGCAAGGUGCAGUGUAUGGACUGGAGUGUUAGCAUCCAUUAGUUCAGAAAUGCACACACACACCAUUAUUUUUAUUCAAAAACGUUUAGAUAAAACUAAGCUACACUUUCUGUACUCCAACAUACAACUCUUCCCAGCACUCCUCAU